GACGGAAUAUUUGCGUUUCGUAUGCCGCGGAAGUGGGCUGUGGAGACGGGGACACGAAAAUACUUCUCAGUGAAAACGAGUCGUCGAUAUUGCAUGCAAAUGCGCCUCUGGCGACACUCGCUUGGUCAGCGUCACCGGGGUAACGUGAGUUUUCUUUGUUGCUUGUAAAGUUCGCUGGAGCGUGAGAACCGUCUGACCAAAUUUCAAGCGCGCCAAUGAAAGUCGUGACAAGCCUGCAAGGGAGGCUGGAAGUCGCUUCGUACAAGGCGACAAGCCUUAGCUGCUCUUUGGAGAUCGGACCGAAGCUCCUGCUCCUCUCAGCUCCCUCUGUGAAUGACACAACGCUGCUUCCGGGCUUCCUGGAUACAACGGAAACUAACGGCUUCUGCAAUUGGGGCUGCACAGGCAUGUUGCUGCGGCGUCUUGCUGUGGACCGGAAAUGCAACGCUGCCUGA